AUGUCUCUGGAUGCAUCCGCGGCGGCAGCGGCAGCCGCUGACCUUGAAGCUAUCGCCAGGUAUGUCAAGUGGAAUCAUGCGUCACAGCGCUCAGCAGUGGCGCCCGACAUGGUCCUGUUUUUUGCUGACCACCAUAACCACCGCAGGUCUCCCAUCAUGACUGAUCACGAGCAUGGCUUAGGUCUUUCAGGCCUCCGACGAAUAAGACAGCAACGUCCACCAUCAAGGAAUCCGACACUGCCAGGAUCUCGAGCCUCUUCGCGAAGCCCGUCCGUUGCCGCCCUAUCCCGCUCCACCUCCAUGAGUGCCAUGGCUGCCAGCGCCGGCAGCCUGUCGCUGACUGGUGGCCCUUCAACUCCCAGCUUCGCUGACGACCUCUCUCGUUUCCCAUCCGAGUCUUUACAUUCUUUCUCAUUCGCCAACCAGUCCGAGGAUUUCUUACACAAUCGGCAAAAUGUUCUCAAGCGAUCCAUCGAGUUUAUGAAAGACCACAUGGGACUUCCUAUGACCUCGUCACAAGCAGCUCUUGCAAGUGCUCAAGCAAGAGUCAGCGGCGAUGUAGAAACACAGAAUAUGCUUGACCUGCUUGCUCAGGCACAGUUAAUCAGAGCUGGAAAUCUGCCAAACCCCGACGAUUCUUAUACACCAGCUCCUCUGUCCGGUCCUGCGGAGAUAUCUCAGGAAAACGUCUUUGAGAAGCAAUUCGACCCUCGGAAAUCUAGCACGGAUUUAGCAAGCCCCGGUCAAACAUCUUCGCCUCCACGACACUCCAGGGUUGAGACAACAAGACGAUCCAACAACCUAGAGCCAACGGCCUCGGAGACUCCUCAUGCUCCAGAUCAAUCAACUGCAGCAUCAAAAAUCACAGGCGAGCGUUCGGGAGACAAACCUGCACCUGCCCGACCUACAUUAACCUUGAAACGGACUAUGACCGAUAUCACAGCGGUAUCAGCUCAAGAUAAACUGAUGGACACCAUGUCUCAACCAUUUUUAGCGGGCCAGCCUAUCUAUCAGGAACCAUUGAACUCUCCAUCCAUGGCUCAGCUUCCGAGCGCCACUGCAGCCAACUUCCCUACUCAGCUAGGCCCCUCUGUACACGGUCACACCAACCGAUGGGUGCCUGCCGCUCAGGCAAUCUUUACAACAGAAGUUAAACCUCCGUGGACCAUUAUCGCAGCAAACGACCUUGCCUGUCUAGUAUUUGGUGUUACAAAGGCAGAGGUACGCAAGAUGGGCAUUUUAGAAGUUGUUCAGGAGGAGAGGAGGUCAUGGUUAGAAAGAAAGCUUUUGAAACAAGCCGACGAUGAGCUUAGCGAAACCCAAGCACAGUCGGGCCAAACAACACCUGCCGCUUCAGCAGCAUCGGCAUUGCUUAAUGGGAAAUCUGGGAUAACAGCCCAGCUCCUGAGCAAGCCUAACUCAAGAACCCAACCACGCAGCUACACCCAACGACGUGCACAAACGGUUCACAGCGGCGACCCUAGCCCCCCGAAAACUCGAGGUGGCGGGCAUAAUCAGACUAAUUCAUCCAGAGGGGUACUGCUUUGUGGUGAUGUUGUUCCGAUCCAAAAGCGCAACGGUGCGACUGGUUCUGCUAGUCUUUGGGUCAAGGAGAAGAAAAUCGGCUUGAUCUGGGUCAUGGAGGAGAUUCACGAGGAUGUUGCCUACAUCACCUUGGACGAAGACGGCAUUGUUCAAAAGGUUUCAGGAUCUACCUCGCCCAUCUGGGGAUUCGAGUCAGUCGCUACCGGAUUCGACAUAGCGAGACUCAUUCCAAGAAUACCUCGCCAAGGUAUAGACCCUAACACAGGAGAGAUCGACUUUGCUCAGGCUACGAGGCGAAGAUAUUUCACAUGCCCCAAUUCUCCUCAGGUCAAUGUGCCUUGCAUAAUCGAGCAGACACGUGGCAAGCUAGAACUUCGCGUUUCGACAUUCCCUCACAUGGCCGGAAUUGUUGUGGUUGAGCCAGAAACCCUCAAGAUUCGAAGCUCAAACUCGGCCUUUUGCGGAGCGCUCUUUGGAUUCGAAAAGGCUGACGGUAUGUCAAUCAAUGCGCUGAUCCCAGACUUUGACAAUAUUCUGGACUCCUUGAUAGAUGAGGAUGGUAUCCAGCUUCUCGACGGUAUGGUUGUUCCUGAGCAUCGUUUCAGAAAGGCAUCGGCUUUCCUUGCCUUGAAAGAGCACAGACCUGAUGCUGCGUCUGCUUUCCUCUACCCUGCAGGAUUGAGCGCGAAGCAUCGCGAUGGAUCCGAUCUGAAGGUUGAUGUCCAGAUGCGCGUAGUGAAGAGUGAAAAGAAGACCCUUGUGGUGAAUGAGACUGUCUUCGAAGGCAGUGAUGAAGAAAGCGCCAACAAAAACGGCGAGGGAACCUUCGAAGUGACCCAUUCAGAAAUAGUGUAUGCCUUGUGGAUUACUUACUCGCGCCAUCUCCAUGGCAGCCAACCUCAUCUCAGCCUCGAUAGUCCUACACGGCCUGGAGCUCUUACACCCCUUCACCAGCCAUCACCUGGCCAGACUCCAGCUCAUACUCCAUUAGAGAUCGCCUCGGAUGAUGAGGCACCCCGAAAGAAUGUGCUGUCGGCUGCAAGCUCGCUGUCCAAGCAUUUGAAGGAUGCUGCCAUUAAUGCUGCUGCUAAGUUCACGGGACAACAAACAAAGCCCAAGCCUGAAGAGAUAACAUCAGUUCCAAAGGUUGUUGAGCCGCCUCACAAGAAGACCAUCAACGACUAUGUGAUAUUAGAGGAGAUGGGCCAAGGCGCCUAUGGUCAAGUGAAGCUCGCCCGACACAAACAAUCGGGCAAGAAGAUUGUGCUCAAGUAUGUCACUAAGCGCCGUAUUCUCGUGGAUACUUGGACAAGAGACAGGAAGCUCGGUACUGUUCCCCUUGAAGUUCAUGUCUUGGAGUAUUUGCGCAAACCUGACCUACUUCACCCCAACAUCGUUGAGAUGCAGGGGUUCUUUGAGGAUGACGUGAACUACUACAUUGAGAUGAUCCCUCAUGGACUACCUGGUAUGGACCUCUUCGACUACAUCGAACUACGAACGAACAUGGAAGAAUCCGAAUGCCGCAGCAUUUUCGUCCAAGUGGCCAAUGCUGUUCAUCAUCUUCACACCAAAGCUAAAGUGGUGCAUCGCGACAUCAAGGAUGAAAACGUGAUUCUCGACGGAGAAGGCAACAUCAAACUCAUCGACUUUGGAAGUGCUGCGUACAUCAAGAGCGGUCCUUUUGAUGUCUUCGUAGGAACAAUUGAUUACGCCGCUCCUGAAGUCCUCGCUGGCAAGCCUUAUAAGGGUACAGAGCAAGAUGUAUGGGCACUCGGUAUUCUCCUUUACACUAUUAUCUACAAGGAGAAUCCUUUCUACAGCAUCGACGAGAUCAUGGACCGCGAUUUGCGUAUCCCCUAUAUUCUGAGCGAAGAGAGCAUUGACCUCAUCCGCUGCAUGUUGGACCGCGAUGUUGCUAAACGCUACGACAUCAACCAAGUGCUAGAGCAUCCUUGGUGCCAGGCUACCGCCGACUAA